AUGCUGUUCAAUAUUCCAGCUCGCAACUGCAAAUCGAAUGUACUACGUGCAAUGGAACGACGGGAAGUUCCGAUGAAGCACCUGUUCGACGGUGGUGAACUGAACGUGUAUGAUCAGAAGAUUGCCAAUCUUUCGGCUGGUGCGCCAGGGCCGGAUCUAUUGGGGCUGAGUGCGGAAAAGUUUCAACAGGCAACCGAAAAGCGGAUUAAAUAUGAACUUAAUAACUCGUCUUUCCUCUUCCAAUACGGGCCAACUAUUGGAACGACGGAGUUUCGAAAAACACUUGCUUCGUUUCUAACCGAGGGAUAUCAUAGCGAGGUUCACAUGUCCGAUCUGGUUCAAACUAGCGGAGCUACGAACGGGCUUCACCUGAUACUCUCCACCCUAGUGGAUCUGGCUGGUGUAAUAUUCGUUGACGAAUACACGUACAUGAUAGCGCUGGAAACCAUAGCCCAAUUUAACACAAUGAAAAUAGUUCCAGUGCCCCUUGACGAGGAUGGUCCCAACGUGGACUCGCUGCAAGCGCUGAUCGAUCAGCACCGGUUCGAGGCGACGAAAGGGAAACUAUUCUGGGGGGUUUAUUACACGAUACCGACGUUUCACAACCCAACCGGAAUCGUAUUUUCUGCGGAAAAAUGUCAACAGCUGAUAAGGCUUGCCCGCGAAACCGACAUCUUGAUUGCGUGUGACGACGUGUACAAUUUAUUGCACUACGAUGAUCCCACGGCACCUCCGCCCAAGCGCCUGUUUGCCUACGAUAUUGCCGAUAUGGGACGGAUGGAUGGAUGGCGCGGCAACGUUAUAUCGAACGGAUCGUUUUCAAAGAUCCUUUCGCCCGGUAUUCGGCUAGGAUGGAUGGAAUGUCCGCCGCGGUGUGUGGAAGCAUUUCGCAACAGCGGUGUGUUGAAAAGUGGAGGUGCCGCCAAUAACUAUACCGGCGGUGUCGUGUGCACUCUCAUUCAAAUGGGCUUGGCUCAGCGACAGCUGGAACAUUACAGCACCAACUACUCCAUGCGAUUGAAUGCAAUGGCCGAGACGCUGGUGGAACACCUUCCCAAGGUGUGCAGCUUCCGCAAGCCGAAGGGUGGCUACUUCGUCUGGAUACGCUUCCCGACCCACGUCGAUUGUGCCGAAUUCAACCGAUACUGUUUGGAAAAGUAUAGCGUAUCCGCCAUACCCGGCAUAAGGUUUUCCAUUACUGGGGAGGCACGUCACUUCAUACGCCUCACAUUUGCGUUCCACGAGCCCGAUUAUCUGCGCCGCAGUGUGAAAACGUUCUGCCAGGCAGCGGCGGAUUACCUAGCGAUAGUGUCGUCGCCGUAA